AUGGAGACCCCAGGACUGAUUGUGCACGGAGAGGCUGCACCCUUUUCCACAGCACUCAGAAGCCUCGUCAACAACUCCCGAUACAGCGAUGUUUGCUUUGUGGUCGGUCAAGAACGGCAGCAAGUAUUUGCCCACCGAUGCUUGUUGGCCUGUAGAUGCAACUUCUUCCAACGACUUCUGGGUGCAGAGCCGGGCUCUGGGGUACCCAGUCCCGUGGUACUAAGCACAGUGCCAGCUGAAGCCUUCCUGGCAGUUCUGGAGUUCCUGUACACCAACAGUGUGAAGCUGCACCGCCACUCUGUGCUGGAAGUGCUGACAGCAGCUGUGGAGUAUGGGCUAGAGGAACUGCGAGAGCUGUGCCUAGAGUUUGUGGUGAAGGUGCUGGAUGUGGAGUUGGUUUGUGAGGCCCUGCAGGUGGCCGUAACCUUUGGCCUGCGGCCGCUGCAAGAACAUUGCAUACACUUCAUAGAGGCCCAUAGCCAGGAGGCGCUCCGGACCCGAGGCUUCCUGGAGCUGUCGGCGGCCGCACUGCUGCCCCUGCUGCGCAGCGACAAGCUCUGCGUAGACGAGGCUGAGCUGGUCGGAGCGGCCCGAAGCUGGGCGCGCGUGGGCGCGGCGGUGCUGGAGCGGCCUGUGGCAGACGUGGCGGCCCCGGUGGUGGGAGAGCUGCGACUAGCCUUGUUGGCCCCGGAGGAGCUGAGCGCCCUAGAAGAGCAGAACCGGCGGGAGCCGCUCAUCCCGGUGGAGCAGAUCGUGGAGGCGUGGAAGUGCCAUGCCCUGCGAAGAGGGGAUGAGGUUCGGGGCGCCCCAUGUCGCCGCCGGAGAGGCACCCUGCCCCGGGAGCAUCACCGCUUCCUUGACCUGCCCUUCAGGUGACCCAAUGCCAGGACUUGCGAGGAAUCCAGAGCCUGCCCAAUUAUGCCUUGCUUAAAACUACAGCUCCCGACGUGCUCGGCGCUCGGAGCGGGCUUCCGCUCCCAACAUGCCCAGCGAGCGCGGCGCCGGAAGGACCGUUCUCGGCUAGGCACCGCCCCUUGGGCUGG